AUGAGCUCAGCACCGGAAAUGGCCGAAGGCCUUACGGUAACAUAUUCGUCCGGUCGCGAAGGAGCUCCGGAUCUGCGUCUGAUCCAUUAUAAUGAUGUAUACCAUGUGGAACCAGGCUCAUCCGAUCCCAUCGGCGGCGUUGAACGAUUCCAAACCGUCAUCAAAGACUACCGAACCGCGCCUCAAUACAACGGUCUCUCGGAAGUGAUCACCCUGUUUUCCGGAGAUGUGUUCAAUCCAAGUUUGGAAAGUACAGUCACAAAGGGACAGCAUAUGAUACCAUUUUUGAACAAGAUUGGGACGGAUGUCGCUUGUAUCGGGAAUCAUGACCUAGAUUUUGGUGUUGCGCAGUUUCGACAUUUACGAAGCCAAUGCAAGUUUCCUUGGCUGCUGGCCAAUGUGCUUGACCCAGCGCUUGGAGAUAAUGUGCCGCUCGCCAACUGCGAAAAAACGGUGAUGUUGACUUCGUCCAAUGGAAUAAAGAUAGGCAUUAUUGGCCUAGGUGAGCGAGAGUGGCUAGGUACGAUAAAUUCUCUACCGCCAGGUCUUAUAUACAAGUCUGCCUCCCAGACUGCUAUCGAGCUAGUGCCAGAGCUACGCAAACAAGGCGCGGAAAUUGUGAUUGCGCUUACCCAUCAGCGCGAACCCAACGAUAUCAAGCUGGCCGAGAAAAUGCCGCCUGGACUAAUUGAUAUUAUUCUUGGUGGUCAUGACCAUUUUUACGCACAUUCCGUGAUAAAUAACAUUCACGUUCUGCGAUCUGGCACUGAUUUCAGGCAAUUAAGUUACAUAGAAGCAUUUCGCAAACCGGAUUCCAAGGGUUGGGACUUCAAUAUCAUUCGUCGUGAUAUUGUCAGAUCUAUCCCCGUUGAUCCAGAAUGCCAAGUUCUUGUCGACAAGCUUACCUCGACGCUCAAGGCUAAGUUGGAAAAACCCGUUGGGUAUACCGCGUCUGCUUUGGACGGACGCUUUACGACUGUGAGGACACGAGAGUCGAAUUUGGGUAAUUUUGUAUGCGAUUUAAUGCGCUUCUAUUAUCAUGCGGAUUGUGCUAUAAUGGCUGGCGGUACUAUCCGUGGCGAUCAAGUCUACCCGCCUGGUCUCUUGAGAUUGAAAGAUGUGUUGAACUGCUUUCCCUUUGAGGACCCUGUCGUUGUCAUCAAAGUGACUGGCCGAGAUUUAGUUGAGGCGUUGGAAAAUGGCGUAAGCCAGUUACCUGCUCUUGAAGGUCGCUUUCCGCAGGUGUCGAACAUCACAUUUGAAUACACUGCUUCGUCACCUCCAGGCAGCCGCAUUAACUGGGUCAAAGUUGGUGACAAACCAGUCGAUUAUAAGCAACAAUACACCCUGGCAACGCGGGGGUAUAUGGCUCGCGGCAAAGAUGGCUAUACAUCAUUAUUGGUGCAAUCAGAAGGCGGCGAGAUUGAAGAAGUCGUUAGCGAAGAGAACGGGAUGUUGAUCUCUGCUAUCUUGCGACAGUACUUUUUAAGUUUGAAGAUUAUGGGUAAAUGGAAACGAAUGAGUGCAUCCUUGCACAAGCAUUGGGAUGGUGUGCAUGCACAGUUACACGCACAAAUUGGGGGAAAUUGGAUCAGAACUCCCUCUCCGGAUGUUGAAAGGACGGAACCGAGUAUGUUGAAUAAUGAUCCUUUUAACUCGACCAUAGCCACCGCCAGUCCCACCACCACUACGACAACAACCACAACAACUAUAAUUGAACGUCAUAUCCAGCAUACACAUACAAAAAGUAAACCACGCCCCCAUGUUAGGAGGUAUGGUCGUUACUAUGAACCCCGUCGCCAUCAUACCCAUGACGGUACGAGUAAGAACAAACCAACAACGCCUCUCUCAACUUCCUACUCGUCCUCGAAUGAUUCAUCAGUCAGCAAGCGAUCAGUCGACUCACACUUAGACUCGGACUCAGACUCCGAGCCUGAAAUCCUUGUUUCCUCGCAUGAAGAAACGAAUUACAUCACCACAACAGCAACAUCGCCCGCCGAGGAAGACCAGCGCUUACGACUAGCGAGAAAAGUCCUCAAAAAGUGGAUGCGUCUUGCAGGUGUGCAUGGUAAGACAGGUGUUGUUGAUGAGGCGGGUGAAGAAUUUACGCCGCCGUGGACAUGGGGCAUUGCGCCCAGGUGUGAAGGGAGGAUUUUGGUGAGGGCGAGGGUUGUGGAGGAUGGCGGUGUGGGACUUGGAGAGGGGAAGAGAACGGAGAAUAUCAAUGGUGGCAUGGUACUUACGCAAUAG